UGAUAAUGAAAAAAAUAAUUAGAUAUGUAAGAUAUAUAAAUCGAAGUAUAUACUAAAAUUUUAUUAAUCAAAAUGCAUUCGUUCGUAGCAAUCUUUGGCGUUUUUAUUUGCUUUACAACAACCAUUGCCUUUGUGGAAAAUGUCCCACAACUUCGGUCCCACAGAAUUAGAGUAGGCGAAAAUUCGUAUUUUGUAUACCCUGAUGUAACAAAGAAUUUCAUCGAUUCACUCGAUUUCUGCAAAAGCAAUAAUCAAAAAUUGGCAGUUAUAAAUAAUCAAAAUGAAAAUGCCGAAUUAGUAGCCCAGAUGAAAAUAUUAUUUAAUGAAGACGCUCUAUUAUGGAUAGCAGGAGCACUAAUUCCAUCAACAGGCGACUGGAUAUGGCUACCAAGUAGGGACACAAUUACCUCAUUCGAUUGGGGUACAGGAGAACCAACCAUGAAAAAUGAGUUUUGUUUAUCCAUAAAGCCUCACUUCUUUAAGAGUGGUACGUGGAAUGAUCAAGAUUGCAGUACAGUAGGUUAUCCUCUUUGUCAAACUGUUUCUUAAAAUUAAAGUGAACAUAGAUUGAAAUAAAUAAUGAAACCAAACACA